UUAGUUAUAGAUUCUUCCUCCUUGCUAUCCUUGACAAAGGACAUAAAUUAGCCUCACUCUUUGUUUUUUCUUGAUCAAACACGUAAAUGAAAUCUAAAAACCAAACACACAUAAAUUAGCUUUGUAAACUGUAGAUGAAAAACAAAAGGAUUAGUGCAAUAUAAACCAUUCCAUCCAGUAUCAGUUACCUGCUGCAAUCAUUGUAAGCUGAAACCCACUUCACAAACCAACUUUCUCAUGAUCCUCUAGUCCUUUCUUCUUGACUUUACUCAUAUUGUUGCUCUCCUCUCUCUUUUCACGUACUUUUGCAGAAACUAAAGUUUCAUUUCUAACAACUUCUCAUAUUUGCACACACAGAGUGAGUGCCAAAUUCUUUCUUUCUUUCCUGUUUGCUUGCUUGCUUUAUAUUGCAAGUGCAAGUUUUAUUGAUGGACACUAUAGUUAGAUUGUAUCCCAAGAAAUGCUAUGAUGUUCGCUUAUCAACUAAAACUUUGUUGAACUCAGGUGUCUGGACCCACUUCAAAAACUUAACUUGGGAGUGAUAUAUGUUGCUGUAGACCGUAGAUAGCCCAAGUUCCUUUUCCUUCAAAUUCAGUUUCUAGUGUCUUCCCCAUCAGCCUAUCAUCUUACCCUAUCUGCAUUUCAAAGGGAAGGCAAUGACUGAAUGCCAGACCAAAGCAAGAAUUUUUUUUCUUAGCGUCAAAGCUAGACAGAUCAUUCCCUCUUCCCUACUCUUCUUGUUUCGCGAUUUCGGACAUGCAUUAAGAACAAAGAUUAGUAUUACAUCUGGAUAGACAUUGUUGCACACUACACGAUGCGUGUAUAAAUAUGUUAUCCUCGGAAGAUGCAAAGUACAGCUUCUGGGUCAGUUUUCACUGCCAUGGAUACUUGCAAUAGAUGCUUCAUUCUUCCAUUGGCCUUUUUUAUUAUUUUCUUCGAAAAUUUGGGGACCAAUGUCUUUGGUUUUAAUGGGAAUGAGCAGACUGAAACCAUGGUGGAGGAAGCCAUGAGUUAUUCACCACAAUUUAGCACAAGGCACGGGAUUUAUAAUGUGGAAGACGUGGAAGGUGAUGACUGGCAAAUGGUGGAGACGAAGGGGAACCAGUUUGUUGUUAAUGGUCAACCUUUCUAUGUCAAUGGAUUCAAUACCUACUGGCUGAUGGUAUUUUCAGCUGAUCAAUCCACGAGAGGAAAGGUCUCUGAAUUGUUCCAACAAGCAUCUUCAGUAGGACUAACUGUUUGCAGGACUUGGGCUUUUAAUGAUGGCCAGUGGCGAGCCCUUCAGAAGUCUCCGUCAGUUUAUGAUGAGGAAGUAUUCAAGGGCUUGGAUUUUGUGGUGAGUGAAGCAAAGAAGUACAAGAUCAGGCUCAUAUUGUCGUUGGUUAAUAACUGGGAUGCAUAUGGUGGCAAGGCACAAUAUGUCAAGUGGGGGAAGGCUGCCGGCCUCAACUUGACUUCUGAUGAUGAAUUCUUCUCUCAUCCAACUCUUAGAAGUUACUACAAGGCCCACGUUAAGGCAGUGCUAAAUAGAGUCAACACAUUCACAAAUAUAACUUACAAGGAUGACCCUACAAUUUUCGCUUGGGAACUGAUGAACGAACCUCGAUGCACCUCAGAUCCCUCUGGCGAUACGCUGCAGUCAUGGAUAGCAGAAAUGGCUGCGUACGUGAAGAGCCUGGAUGCAAAGCACUUGGUUGAAAUUGGACUAGAAGGAUUUUAUGGCCCCUCAGCACCGUCAAGGACUCAGUUCAACCCCAAUUCGUAUGCAACUCAAGUUGGAACUGACUUUAUAAGAAACCAUCAGGCUCUUGGAGUUGAUUUUGCAUCUGUUCACAUUUAUGCAGAUUCCUGGAUUUCACAAACUAUUUCUGAUGCUCAUCUCCAAUUCACAACAUCAUGGAUGGAAGCCCACAUAGAAGAUGCUGAGAAAUAUCUAGGGAUGCCUGUAAUCUUUGCUGAGUUUGGUGUCUCUACAAAAGACCCUGGCUACAACUCAUCUUUCCGAGACACUCUUAUUAGCACAGUGUACAAAACACUCUUGAACUCGACAAAGAAAGGAGGGAGUGGGGCUGGGAGCCUCUUGUGGCAGCUGUUCCCUGAUGGGACAGACUACAUGGAUGAUGGCUAUGCAAUUGUCCUUGCAAAGUCUCCUUCAACAUCAAACCUAAUAUCCCUUCAUUCUACAAGACUCGCAAUCUAUAACUCCAUGUGUUCUUGGAGAUGCCGUUGGGGUUGCAAGAAGAAAAAUGCUUUGGAGGCUUUCCUCUACCAUGAUGAUCUGUAA